AUGGACAUUUAUCACCCCGUGGUGUUAUUCAAAUUCAGUACCAAGCGAGGACCUUCUCCACUCCUCUCUCCGCCUCGCGCCGCGGACGCAGCGUUUAUUGUUGGGAGAAAAAGCCAUGAGGGCACACAGUCAGAGAGAGAGGAGGAGAGAGAGGAGGAGAGAGGCAAGGCAUCCAGGCAGUCAGUCAGCACGAGAGAGCCGAGAAGGAAGGAUGGGAGUAAAAGGGGGAAGGCAGGAGUCCGCUCCUCUCCUCCUGCUCCUCAGCCUCUUUUCGUCACCAUCCGACGCUGCUGCUGCUGCUGGCUCGAGGGGAUUUGGAGCGGGGAGAACGCACAUCGUGGGAACUGA